UCUAUAUUACCUUUUUAUGGUAUUGAGUGCUUGCAACUAGCUGUGUAAAAACUGAGCUACAGCUUAAGGGAGCUCAUUAAAUAGAAUGAGGUGAGAGAGAAAGAGCAAUUGAUUUGAGCUAACUGGUUUCAAAAGUCUGCAUUCUGGGACUUGAAUUAUCUGCUGCUUAUUCAUCACCAUCAUCACUACUGCUACUGUUUCGUUAUCUCAUCAUUCAUCUACAUUUGCAUUCCGUCUGAAAAAUGAAGUUCUUCAGUUGGAUGCAGAAGAAGCUCAAUGGUGGUGGACAAGACCAAAGAAAGUCGAAUCAACAACUUCCAACUGCCGUGGAAAAGCAAGAACAGUACUACUGUCAUGAACAAGGGCAGCUUCUUUCAAUAGGAACUCUGGGAAAUCAUGAAAUUACAGAAAAACCCAAUAUCCAAAACCGGAAACAGAGUCUGAUGAUGUCUGAGGAAGAAAAUGACGACAUGUCGGACUUCACGCCGGAGGAAGUGGGGCAGUUGCAAAAAGAGUUGAGAAAGCUGUUAAGAAAGAAAGAAGUAUCAGUUGCUGCUUCGACUGAGCUUCCUUUGGAUAGAUUUCUUAACUGCCCUUCAAGCUUGGAGAUGGACCGUAGGAUCUCUAACAUGUCUUCUUGCAGCAGCAGCAGCAUUCAACAAGAGGAAGAAGAAGAAGUGAUUAUUGAUCGGACCAUUAGAGUGAUUAUUGACAGAUGCAAAACCAUUUGUAAAGAAAGAAAAAAAGAGAAACUAGGAAUUGGGAAGAAGUCAAUUUCUUUCCUUUUCAACAAGAUGUUCUUCGUAUGUGGAAACGGCUUCAACCCAUCUCCCCCCACAUCCAUGAGAGAUUCUCGAAUGGAAAAGCUUCUGAGGACAAUGCUUUCAAAGAAAUUCAGUCAUUCUCAUAACUCAACAUCAUUAAUGAAGAAGAAUAAAUACUUGGAGGAGGGAAAAUCAUCAAGAACUAGGAAGGAAUCCGAAUCAGAUGAAACCGAUGAGAAGAAAAACGGGCAUCAAUGGGUUAAGACAGACUCUGAAUAUAUUGUUCUUGAGAUCUGAAUCAUAAGUUCUUCAAUAUAUAAAGAGAGAACAGUACACAAUAUCUCUCUCUUUCUCCGCUCCAUCAGCAAAACAGAAACAGAAGAUAGAUUGGAUUGGGUUGGAUUGGAUACUCUGGGAUGAUGAUGAUCAUGAUGAUGGGUCAAGGCCAAAAAUGUGUUUAAAUUUUUGAAAGAAAAAAAAAAAAAAAGAGUCCAAGUUACCAAUUUUGUAUCUUUUCUGUAUGUAUUAUUGGUAUGAUAGCAUAUAUGACUUAUGAAACAUCCACACAUGCUUUGGUUAGGAGUGAAUCCAAAAGAGGCAAACAUAAAUAUGCAAAUUUUGUUACUUAAAAAUAAAUAC